AUGGAUUUUUCUGCGGAUCACGUUGAAGAAGUACAAAAUGUCCUUAAUGCUAUGCAGAAAAUCUUAGAGUGUCCAAUCUGUCUGGAGUUGAUCAAAGAGCCUGUUUCCACAAAGUGUGAUCACAUAUUUUGCAAAUUUUGUAUGCUGAAACUUCUCAACCAGAAGAAAGGGCCUUCACAGUGUCCUUUGUGUAAGAAUGAUAUAACCAGAAGAAGCCUACAAGAAAGUACAAGAUUUAGUCAGCUUGUUGAAGAGCUAUUGAAGGUCAUUCAUGCUUUUGAGCUUGACACAGGAUUGCAGAUUGCAAACAGUUAUAACUUUUCAAAAAAGGAAAAUAACUCUCCUGAGCGUCUGAAGGAGGAAGUUUCUAUCAUUCAAAGUAUGGGCUACCGAAACCGGGCCAAAAGACUUCGACAGAGUGCACCUGAAAAUCCUACCUUGCAGGAAACCAGUCUUAGUGUCCAGCUCUCUAACCUUGGAAUUGUGAGAUCUCUGAGGACAAAGCAGCAGAUACAACCUCAGAAAAAGUCUGUCUACAUUGAAUUGGGAUCUGAUUCUUCUGAAGAUACAGUUAAUAAGGCCAGUUAUUGCAGUGUAGGAGACCAUGAAUUGUUAGAAAUCACCCCUCAAGGAGCCAAGGCUGAAGCCAGUUUGAAUCCUGCAAAAAAGGCUGCUUGUGAGUUUUCUGAGAAGGACAUAACAAAGGCUGAACAUCAUCAAUUCAGUAAUAAAGAUUUGACCACCACUGAGAAGCAUGAAACUGAGAAGCAUCCAGAAAAGUAUCAGGGUAUUUCUGUUUCAAACUUGCAUGUGGAGCCAUGUGGCACAGAUACUCAUGCCAGCUCAUUACAACAUGAAAACAGCAGUUUAUUACUCACUAAAGACAGAAUGAAUGUAGAAAAGGCUGAAUUCUGUAAUAAAAGCAAACAGCCUGUCUUAGCAAAGAGCCAACAGAGCAGAUGGGCUGAAAGUAAGGACACAUGUAAUGAUAGGCAGACUCCCAGUACAGAGAUAAAGGUAGUUCUGAAUGCUGAUCCCCUAUAUGGGAGAAAAGAACUGAAUAAGCAGAAACCUGCAUGCUCUGACAGUCCUAGAGAUUCCCAAGAGUUUCCUUGGAUAACAGUGAAUAGUAGCAUACAGAAAGUUAAUGAAUGGUUUUCCAGAAGUGAUGAAAUGUUAACUUCUAACGACUCACGUGAUGGGGGAUUUGAAUCAAACACUGAAGUAGCUUGUGCAGUGGAAGUUCCAAAGGAAGUUGAUGGAUAUUUGGGUUCUUCAGAGAAAAUAGACUUAAUGACCAGUGAUCCUCAUGGUGCUUUAAUAAGUGAAAGUGAAAGAGUCCACUCCAAACCAGUAGAGAGUAAUAUUGAAGAUAAAAUAUUUGGGAAAACCUAUCGGAGGAAGGCAAGCCUCCCUAACUUGAGCCACAUAGCUGAACAUCUAAUUAUAGGAGCAUCUACUGUAGAACCUCAGAUAACACAAGAGCGCCCCCUCACAAAUAAACUAAAGCGUAAAAGGAGAAGUAUAUCAGGCCUUCAUCCUGAGGAUUUUAUCAAGAAAGUCGAUUUGGCAGUUAUUCCAAAGACCCCUGAAAAAAUAACUGAGGGAACUGACCAAACAGAGCAGAAUGGUCAUGGGAUGCAUAUUACUAGCAAUGGUCCUGAGACUGAAAUGAAAGGUGAUUAUGUUCAGAAAGAGAAAAAUGCUAACCUAACAGAAUCAUUGGAAAAACAAUCUGCUUUCAGAACUAAGCCUGAACGUAUAAGCAGCAGUAUAAGCAAUAUGGAACUAGAAUUGAAUAUCCAUAGUUCAAAAGCACCUAAAAAUAGGCUGAGGAGGAAGUGCUCUACCAGGAAGAUUCAUGCACUUGAACUAGUAGUCAGUAGAAACCCAAGCCCACCUAAUCAUACUGAACUACAAAUUGAUAGUUGUUCCAGCAGUGAAGAGAUGAAGAAAAAACAUUCCAGCCAAAUGCCAGUCAGGCAUGGCAAAAAGCUUCAAUUCAUGGGAGAUAAAACACCUACAACUGGAGCCAAGAAGAGUAACAAGCCACACGAACAAAUAAAUAAAAGACUUGCCAGUGACACUUAUCCAGAACUAAAUUUAACAAACAUACCUGUUUUUUUUACUCACUGUUCUAGUUCUAAUAAACUUCAAGAGUUUGUUAAUCCUAGCCUUCAAAGAGAGGAGAACCUAGGAAAAAUUCAAGUGUCGAAUAGUACCAAAGACCCCAAAGAUCUGACAUUAAGUGGAGGAAAAGGUUUGCAAAUUGAAAGAUCUGUAGAGAGUACCAGUAUUUCCUUGGUACCUGAUACUGAUUAUGGCACUCAGGAUAGUAUCUCAUUACUGGAAGCUGACACCCUAGGGAAGGCAAAGACAGCACCAAAUCAACAUGUGAGUCUGUGUGCAGCAAUUGAAAGCCCCAAGGAACUUAUCCAUGGUUGUUCUAAAGAUAUUAGAAACGACACAGAGGACUUUCAGGAUCCACUGGGACAUGACGUUAACCACAUUCAGGAGGGGAGCAUAGAAAUGGAAGAGAGUGAACUUGAUACACAGUAUUUGCAGAAUAUGUUCAAGGUUUCAAAGCGUCAGACGUUUGCUCUGUUUUCAAAUCCAGAAAGUCCAGAGAAGGAAUGUGCAACAGUCUGUGCCCACUCUGGGUCCUUAAGGGAACAAAGUCCAAGAGUCCCUCUUGAAUGCAGACAAAAAGAAGAAAAUCAGGGAAAGAGUGAGUCUAAAAUCAAGCAUGUGCGGGCAAUUAAUACAACUGUGGACUUCCCUGUGGCUGGUCAAAAAGAUAAGAAGCUGAGCGAUCAUGCCAAACGUAGCCCAAAAAGAGUAACUAGGCUUUGUCAGUCAUCACAGUUCAGAGGCAACAAAACUGAGCUCGUUAUUGCAAAUAAACAUGGGAUUUCACAAAACCCAUAUCUUAUACCAUCACUUUCUCCCAUCAGGUCAUCUGUUAAAACUAUAUGUAAGAAAAACCUGUCAGAGGAAAUGUUUGAGGAACCUGUAAUGUCACCUGAAAGAGCAAUGGAAAACGAGAGCAUCAUUCAAAGUACAGUGAGCACAAUUAGCCAAAAUAACAUUCGAGAAAGCACUUUUAAAGAAGUCAGCUCAAGCAGUAUUAAUGAAGUAGGUUCCAGUACUAAUGAAGUAGGCUCUAGUAUUAAUGAAGUAGGUUCCAGUGGUGAAAACAUUCAAGCAAAACUAGAUAGAAACAGAGGACCUAAAUUAAGUGCUUUGCUCAGAUUAGGUCUUAUGCAACCCGAAGUCUAUAAGCAAAGUCUUCCUGUAAAUAACUGUCAACUUCCUGAAAUAAAAAGGCAAGGAGAAAAUGAAGGCACACUUCAGGCUGUUAAUGCAGAUUUCUCCCCAUGUCUAAUUUCAGAUAACCUAGAACAACCUAUGGGAAGAAGCCAUGCUUCUCAGGUUUGUUCUGAGACACCUGAUGACUUGUUAAAUGAUGACAAAAUAAAGGAAAAUAGCAACUUUGCUGAAAGUGACAUUAGGGAAAGAUCUGCUGUUUUUAGCAAAAGUGUCCAAAAAGGAGAAUUCAGAAGGAGCCCUGGUCUUUUACCCCAUCAUACGUGUUUGGCUCAGGGUCACGAAAGAGGGGCUGAGUCCUCAGAAGAGAAUGUGUCUAGUGAGGAUGAAGAGCUUCCCUGCUUCCAACACUUACUUGGUAAAGUAACCAAUACACUGUCUCCAUCUACCAGACAUAAUGCUGUUGCCACAGAGGGUCUAUCUAAGGAAACAGAGGAGAACCUAAUAUCAUUGAAGAAUAGCUUAAAUGACUGCAGUGACCAGGUAACAUCGGCAAAGGCAUCCCAGGAACAUCACCUUCAUGAGGAAGCGAGAUGUUCUAAUAGCUUAUUUUCUUCACGGUGCAGUGCAGUGGAAGACUUGACCGCUAAUACAAACACCCAGGAUCCUUUCUUGAUGUUUGAUCUGCUCUCCAAACAAGUGGGGCAUCAGUCUGAAAACCAGGAAGUUCCGAGUGACAAGGAAUUGGUUUCAGAUGAUGACGAAAGGGAAACUGGCUUGGAAGACGAUAAUCGCCAAGAAGAGCAGAGUGUGGAUUCAGACUUAGGUGAAGCAGCAUCCGAGUAUGAGAGUGAAGCAAGCCUCUCUGAAGACUGUUUGGGGCUGUCCUCUCAGAGCGAUAUCUUAACCACUCAGCAGAGGGAUACCAUGCAAGAUAACCUGCUAAAGAUCCAGCAGGAAAUGGCCGAACUGGAAGCUGUGUUAGAGCAGCACGGGAGCCAGCCUUCUCACAGCUCCCCUUCCCUCAUAGCUGAUUCUUGUGCCCGGGAGGACCUGCUAAAUCUGGAACAAAACACAUCAGAAAGAGCAGUAUUAACUUCAGAGAAAAGUAGUGAAUAUCCUAUAAGCCAGAAUCCAGAAAGCCUUUCUGCUGACAAGUUUCAAGUAUCUCCGGAUUGUUCCACCAGUAAAAAUAAAGAACCAGGAAUGGAAAGGUCUUCCCCUUCUAAAUCGCAGUUGUCAGAUAAUAGGUGGUAUAUGCACAGCCACUCAAGGAGUCUUCAGAACAGAAACUGCCCACCUCAAAAGGAGCUUGAGGUUGUUGAUGUGGAGGAGCAACAGCUGACUGAGUCUGAGGCCCAAGAUUUAACGGAGCAGUCUUAUUUGCCAAGACAAGAUCUAGAGGGAACCCCUUACCUAGAAUCUGGAAUCAGCCUCUUCUCUGAUGACCCUGAGUCUGAUCCCUCUGAAGACAGAGCCCCAGAGCCAGCUCACGUUUGCAGCAUGCCACCCUCAGCCUCUGCACUGAAAUUACCCCAAUUUCAAGUAGAAGAAUCUGCCAGGAGUCCGGCUGCUGCUCAUACUACUAAUACUGCAGGGUAUAAUGUGAGGGAAGAAAGUGUGAGCAGAGAGAAGCCAGAGUUGAUAUCUUCAACACAAAGAGGCAACAAAAGAAUUUCUAUGGUGGCAUCAGGCUUGACCCCAAAAGAAUUUGUGCUUGUGCACAAGUUUGCCAGAAAACAUCACAUCACUUUAACUAAUCUAAUUACUGAAGAGACUACUCAUGUCAUUAUGAAAACAGAUGCUGAGUUUGUGUGUGAACGGACACUGAAAUAUUUUCUGGGAAUUGCAGGAGGAAAAUGGGUAGUUAGCUAUUUUUGGGUGACCCAGUCUAUUAAAGAAAGAAGGAUGCUGGAUGAGCAUGAUUUUGAAGUCAGAGGCGAUGUUGUCAAUGGAAGAAACCAUCAAGGCCCAAAGCGAGCAAGAGAAUCCCAGGACAGGAAGAUCUUCAAGGGCUUAGAAAUCUGUUGCUAUGGACCCUUUACCAAUAUGCCCACAGAUCAACUAGAGUGGAUGGUGCAUCUGUGUGGGGCUUCUGUGGUGAAGGAGCCCUCAUCAUUCACCCUCAGCCAGGGUACUCAACCAAUCGUGGUCGUGCAGCCGGAUGCCUGGACAGAGGGCGGUGGCUUCCAUGUCAUCGGGCAGAUGUGUGAAGCACCUGUGGUGACCCGAGAGUGGGUAUUGGACAGCGUAGCCCUCUACCAGUGCCAGGAGCUGGACACCUACCUGAUACCCCAGGUCCCCCAGAGCUGCUGCUGAUUCCAGCCAGCCAUGUAUAUAGGGGAUAGGGCCUGUCUCUGCAGGACCUCAAGAAUGAGCUUAAGAAAUGACCUUUUUCCAGGCCCAGGGAAAGGCCUCUUCAGUCCUUCCACAGCCCCAAUUCCUAAAUAUUUUAUGUACAUCAGCCUGAAAAGAACUUCUGGCUCUGCAAGGUCCCUUAAAGAUUUUCUGCUUCAA